UAAGCGAUGACCUCAUCGCUGGAACGGAAUGACGUCAAAUACAAGAUGGAUGGAAUCACGGCUGUGCGGACAAAGUGACGGUGACAACAACACACCAGUAACGUACAGGAGCAGUGGGGUAACAGGAGAAGAACUGAAAGUGUUCGCUCGUUGUUUCUGACGCUCGAGAUACGGUGACGGGGGUCAUGAUGGAGAGCCUGGUGCACUACAGCAGCCCCGUCCACGCUGUCUCACUGCUCAGCGUGUUAAACGAGCAGCGCUUGAAGGGGCAGUUCUGUGACGUGGUGCUGAUGGCAGGAGAACAUCGCUACCCUGCACACAGGAGCGUCCUGGCCGCCAGCAGCGAGUAUUUCCACACUUUGUUCUCCGGGAGAGACUCAGAGACACAAGACAUGAUCCAGCUGGACUUCUGUGAGCCUGAGGCUUUCGAGAUCGUGCUGAACUACAUCUACUCCUCGUCACUGUUUGUGGACAGAGGAAGUCUGGCGGUGAUCCAGGAGCUGGGCUACAGUUUAGGGAUCCCGUUCCUGACCAACAUAAUAUCCACCAGGCCUCAGGUGUCCUACUGCGUCACCCGAAAGAGGCUGUGCUUUCCCGACGAGGACGACGGCUCCGUCACAAAAAGGAGCGUCAUCGUACAACAGGGCGGCGUGGGCGUCGCCCACAGAGGGAACGCCGUCCUCCAUGGUAAACCGCCCAGACAUGCAGCAGAGACUCAGACUGGAGUGGGUCUGGAUUAUUGUUCUACGGGAUACGUUAAACGAACAGAAAUGGGGACGAAUAUGAGCAAAAACCAUCCCAAAGAACUAGAGGACGAUUCCAAAGCCAUCAUUCCGUCAUUGACUUCCAUCCUCAAGGGCCACACAGAGUACAGAUCACCCUCAGCCAGGCCCCAGUUGACCUCCUCGGUCUCCUUCAGCGAAACCAUACAGCACUUAAACUCCGAUCCCGGUGACGACGCCUCUGACGAGACGAAACCCGAACAGACCUACGACCCGAAGUCGGUCUCUGGAAUGCAGCAGGGAGCACGCAACCAGACGGUGGACCGGAGCGGCCCGCUCAUUAAAAGCCUGCUGCGUAGAUCUUUAUCCAUGGACAGUCCGGUUCCUGUGUUUUCUCCGGUCCUGGAGCUGAAGGACUCACAGAGCAGAGAUCAGUCUGUUGUGAAAUCAGAAACGAACGCCGUCGAGUCGCCGUCGUCCGGGAGCAAACAUCACUUACCUCCGCUGGUUCUCAGGUCCAAACAGCAUAACGUGAUGACGAGGGAGGACAAGGAGUCUCAGGUGGAGGGCAGAGUGACGGUCAAAACCGAAGCCGGCAGCCCGCUGGCCGAUCCGUCUGAAAUCAUACGGGUCACCGUGGAGGACAAUCUGCCCGUCAGUUUCAGAGAUUUCCAGACUAACUUUGACGAAAGUCCUAGAGGAUACUUUGGUUCUGUGAAAAGGAGGCUGCCGUUGGACGGGAAUUUGAACACGUUCAAGCGAUCCAAAGUUUCGAACGAUCACCAGUUCACGGACGAGGACGGUGCGACCAACGAAUCGCCUUGCAACACGGACGAUCAGGAACCCGGGGAACUGAGGCCGACCAAGAUGUUUAAAUGCUGGAGCUGCAUGAAGGUGUUCAGGUCAAACGCAGGGCUUUACCGUCAUGUCAACAUGUACCAUAAUCCAGAGAAGCCGUACGCCUGCGAUAUCUGUCACAAGCGCUUUCAUACCAACUUCAAAGUGUGGACACACUGCCAGACCCAACACGGCGUGGUCCAAAACCCAGCAGCUUCCUCCAGCUCCUACUCUGUUCUGGAUGAAAAAUUCCAGAGGAAACUCAUAGACAUAGUGCGAGAGAGGGAGAUCAAAAAAGCCUUGAUCAUGAAGCUCAGGAGAAACAAGCAAGGCCAUCAGGCUCAGCCGUUUGCCAAGAAAAGCCGGAGAUCGAGGUCUUACGGAUGUCCCUAUUGCGGGAAAAUGUUCUUUUUCCAGUCGCAUUUCAAACUGCACAUGAAAGGACACACUGCUGAGAGAGCAAGCAUGGAAGCACACGACCAGGAAGGUCUACGUGAGCGGCAGGAACAAGCUGGACACAUCAAGGAGAACCAAGACCGAGAGGUUUUCCCCUGCAGGCUCUGCAACGUGAAACUGUUCUCUGUGAACGAGCUGGAGGAUCACGAGCGGGCGUGUCGCUACGCCACGGUCUGCCCUUACUGUGGUCUCAGGUUCUCCAACACGCUGGUGAAAAAGGACCACGAGGCUCACUGCAAGUACAAGAAGCUGACCUGCCUCGAGUGCAUGCGCACCUUUAAAUCCUCCUUCAGCAUUUGGCGCCAUCAGGUCGAGGUUCACAACCAGAACAUGAUGACCGUCAGGGAGCAGCUGACCUUCGGAUACCACGACGUUAACCAGGGGACGCCGGAGCUACUCGGGGUUGCGCUGCCUCCUAAAGAGGCGAUAAGGGACGACACGAUGUACGGCGACUCCGAGGACUCGUCUUCUUACCUCCCGGAGGAUCUGAGCUCGAAUCAUAGUCAGGGCAAACUCGUCGUAAAAGAGGAGCCGCAGGAGGAACCGGUGAUGGACAGAGAACCGUCAGCUCCUGAGGAAGUAGGCGUGAGGCCUUGUGAGAAAUGCGGCAAACUCUUCAGCUCUCACAAAGCCCUGGAGCGCCAUCAGGAGCUUCUCUGCCACAUCAAGCCCUUCAUCUGCCACAUCUGCCACAAAGCGUUCCGAACCAACUUCCGCCUCUGGAGCCAUUAUCAGUCCCACAUGUCGUCCUCCAAGGAGCCUGUGAGCAGACAGACAGACAGACCGCCGUGCUCUCCUCCUCCGUCUCCGACUCUCACCGUCUCCGCCCAGGAUCCCCUGUCCUCGCAAGCGUCUCUGCCGGAACCAGAGGUCACGGAGGAGGAGCCCAGAACCAUCACGUCUUCUCUGUCCAAACCAGACAGAGCGGAGCAGGAAAUUCAGGGCGGGGAUUUCUCUCUUUCCCGGUCGGACAGCGCCGAAAACGCCGCGACUUCUCAGGAAUCAGACACGCUGUUUUAUCACGCGCCGACGCUCUCGGCUCUGACCUUUAAGAGGCAGUACAUGUGCAAACUCUGCCACAGGACCUUCAAGACUGCCUUCAGUCUGUGGAGUCACGAGCAGAGCCACGGUCACGUCUGAACAUCUCAUCUCAUGUUAAACAGUCUCCAGCUGAUGAGUAACACUUUUGUAGGCGGGGUUUGGGACACUUUUGUAGGCGGGGUUUGGGACACUUUUGUAGGCGGGGUUUGGGCAGCGUUGACAAGAUGGCAGACAGAUAAACAACCUGCAGGGUUUAUAGAAUCAGGUGUAAAGAAGCAAACGUCAAACACUGCACACGUCUCCACUUUGUCUGGUCUUAAUGCAGACGAUGACGUGUCCCUCCCACACACACACACACACACACACACACACACACACACACACACACACAUACUUAACUAUUUUCAGGUUGUUGUUUUUUUGUUUUUUUACUACUUGGUGCAUCAAGUGAACAAAGGCAGAUGUUUAUAUUCCUUGUUUCUGAUCCAUCUCCUUGUCCAGAAGGUUAUUGAUCUGCUCCUAAUAAUCUGCAAUAACUGUAAAAGUGCUUUUCCUGCGUAGGACUUGCGCUCAUUCCUCUCCAUCUCUGUGGUGGCCUUUUUUCCUCUGUGGUGUUGGCGGAAACCCAAACCAGCGUAGUGUUCAGGACGUCACGUCUUCUCCUUCCUCCACUUUCUGCAGUGACCUCCAUGUUUAUUACAGAUCUUAUAUCAUGUUCCUGAGUGACGCAGCUUUCAGACUCAGCUUUAGCUCCAACGCUUAAAAGCCAGAUGUUUGUGUUGCCUUAUUGUGUCACUUACAGAACAUAACACAGUUCUUACACACCGGGGGGGUGGGGGUUCACUUCUGUUUAGUGAACAAGUGUUUAUUAUUAUUGUUAUUAUUAUUAUUAUUAUUAUUAUUGUUAUUAUUAUUAUUAUUAUUAGUGAAUAACUGCAUGAGAUUUUGUUUCUUUAACAGUGUUAAAGACUAAAACGUGUUAUUCUGAAAUUAAGGUGUGUGUGUGUGUGUGUGUGUGUGUGUGUGUGUGUGUGUGUGUGUGUGUGUGUGUGUGUGUGUGUGUGUGUGCACACAUUUAUAUGUGAAACCAAAAUGUGAUCAAUCCUUUGUUUUUUUUAAACAGUUUAUUUGCCUUUUUCAGUGAUUGAAGUGAACUACUGCACAUGUGUACACACACACACACACACACAC